AUAACUUUUUAAAUAGUUGAACACAAUUUUACUGUUUUAAUCAAAUAAAUGCAGCCUUGGUGAGGAAAUUAUUAUUAUUAUACACAAACUUCACUCGUUGUUUUGCACAUUUACUGUGAUUUACUAUAUUUGUAGGAAAAAAAUGAAAGCUUGUGUGUUCUGGCAGUAAUCCACUUUGUUCUGUGAUCCUGUGUGUGACGUAGAACAGUACUUGUAAGUCCUGUUUGUUUGAAUCUCUCAGGACAGGAGUCAGCAGGCAGGUUGUGCUGGGUUAGGCAGAAGUUUAUGCAUUACUGCAGCAAUCAGAGGUCGGUGUUUGAACGUUUUUCACAGAUUUGUGUCGUUACAGUAAUUACACGCACUGCAGGUCUCAGGCACACCAAGCACUCUGCUAGGCAAGUGAAACGGACAAGAUUAAUCUCUAACAUUGUUAAAUGUGAAAAACGUGAAAUUUACAAUCGGCGCAACUGAAAGUUGAGCUAAACUGCAAUUUAGACUUCCCAUGGCUCUCUCCUUUUCUCAGUAAUCUUUUUUUCUCUCUGCUCUGGUGAUAUUAGCUGGUCUGUUAGGCGAAUUUAAGAGAUUAGUUUGCGUUAAGGGCUUAGUGUAAGCUAAGAUGCAACACUUCCCCUUUCUUUCCAUCUGUCUCGCUCUGCCUCUCUGCAGGAGAACAGGUUCUUGAAAUUAGCCUUCAAAGAAUACUUUGGAUACUUUACAAUACGCAAAUUAUUUUUCUAUAUUAUUCACAUAAUUAUGCCUUUUACAAUAUGACACAAUAGAACAAGGACUUGAUGAUUAAAAAAAUGAGAAGACGUUCAAAAGAGAACUGAAGGGAUAUAGACUACUUCUGUAUUGGAAGAAUUUCUGCCAUUAAAACAACAUGAAACUAGGAGCUCUUCUACUGCUGCUUCUGGGGUCCUUACAAGGGGUGUUCACUCAAGUGCCUAUAACUGCAUUUACUGAAGGAACAGCUGUGGAGGAAGGUCUAGGAAGCGGUCUGUUAGAGGUGGAACAGGAGGAUGAACUAGCGGACACUUACUGGUCUGGGACAGCCCCCCUUUGUUUUGGAGGGUGUAAAGGCAGGCACAGGGAGCUGAAGAGAGACAACUGUGGAGACUCAGACUGCUGCUGGAUGGGAUAUAAAUCCCUGUGUAGAGUGAAUUGUGGAAAGCCUGAUGUGGACUUUAAUGGGAUGGUGUAUGGGAGUGAUUGGUGGGUGGGUUCUGUAGUGAGGUACGACUGCAGACCAGGAUUUGUGUUAAUGGGAGACCCUGCCAGAGCCUGUCAGUCCAAUGGGAAAUGGACGCCCAAACCAUCCUGUCUUAGAGUUUGCUAUCGUGGCCGGGUUGAGAUCAAUGAGAAGGACAUCGACGGGACAUGUUCAUCCACCUGUCCUGAUGCUAAAAGCUACGCAGUCCCUCUGAACCACAAAUGUAGUCGUAUUGAGAACUGCAAGACUAAAGAAUCAGGCUGGAAGCGCUGGUUUACACGCUGCAACUACUGUGACUGUGACUGCUUCACUCCCUGUGCUUUACAGGACAGAAGACAGUGAAUCCGUAUUCAAUAUCCUUUUAUUUAUUUUUUUAUAAAUAAAUAAAUUUAAGACAUUAUUAUCACAUGAGUUAGAAACGAGAACAUACAUUUUUAUUGAACAUGAUAGGCAUA